AUGAACGAAGAACUUGUAAUAGAUCUACUCAACCAAUCCUCAGACAACAACGAUCCAAACUCAUCAAUUCAAAACCCUUACUCACCGGAAAACACCUUUCCACCCCACUCGUCAUCACCGUCGCCGACCCUAAAACCCUCCUCCUCGAAUUACAUCGGCGAUUCUGAUGCUUUGCAGAAGAAUAAUGAUGCGUAUGUUUACAAUAAUGAUGCUUUCGAUUCCUCUGCUUUGAGAGAGAAAAGUGAGAGAUGGAGGCUAGGGUCUGUGGAAGAGAAAACAAAUCACAGAUAUGUUUUCUCUGGAAUUGUUUUUAAUUUUAUAAUUUUAAAUCAAUAUGUAAUAUAA